UUUAGUUUAUAAUACAUAAAUAGAAAUGGAUAUAUCAUUUUCUGAUCUUUUGCAUCGAGCUGAACAGCUUACUGCUGAUAUGGAAACUGGUAGUGAGUUACCAAGAAUCGAGCGUAAUUUUCCACAGUUGGCUGAAGCCUCUAAUAGACUUUUGUCAAAAACAUGGGGUAAUGUUGAUGAAGCUUCAGAUGUUAAAGCUUCACUGCUUCUUAGCUCCAGGGGUGUUGAAUUGCCUAAACUUUCUCAGCGAUUGGAAUCACUUGAUGCAACUAAAACAUUUGAACCUAUUGAGCCAAUUUUGGAAACAGACAUUCAGAGUUUUCUUAAAAAUGAACGUGAAAAUGCCAUUCUAGCAACAAUAGAAGAAACAAAAAGAAAAACAUUUGAAAAUGCAGAGAAAAAGUUUUGGAAUAGUCUUGAAGAUGAAUGGGAAAGAGAAAAACAAAAAAUUUUGAAUUCUUUGUUAACUGCUGGUAAAGAAAGCAUGGUAUUUCCUUUAGAAAGUAAUAGAUUUGAAGAAUUUAUUUUAACUAAAGGAAGAAGUUCGUUAACUGCUAUUGAAAUGUCCUUUGCACGUCAACUUUUUGUUUGUAAUGAAAUGACAAUACAAAAACAGAAAGGGGGUUUUUUAGAUGCUUUUAAACAAGUUGGUCAAAAAUGUGAAGAUCAAAAUGCCAAAAAUAUUUGGAUAUUGUUAGAGCAGCUGCUUAAUGACAUUCCUUUAAAUGAGCAAAAUGUAAGAAAGUUACGCCAGUCUAAUGUAUUUCAAAAUAUUCUUGUAAAAUCUUCAAAAAAGUUUUUGGAAGAUAGGUACAGAGUCUUUAUUGAAAAGUGUGUGUUUGAUAAUUUACAACAAGCAUGUUUGGGGGGAGUACCAGGACUUUAUAAUUUAGUUUUAAGUUUUUUGAAAAUAAAGUUAUCUUCCAACUUAUCAGGGUUUGAAGAUGGGACUAUAAAUGGGGUUCCUGUUUGGCCUUUAGUUUACUUUUGCUUACGAUGUGGAGAUGUAAAAGCUACAGAGCAAGCUGCAGAAGCUCUUCCCCCUCAGUAUUCUGACUUCAAGGCUUCACUAAAAGAGUUUUUAUCUAGUCCUGACAAUCGAUUGCAUACUAACAAUGAGGCCAAAUUGCGACUCCAAUAUAAAAGAAGCAUUAGAAGCAGUUCAGAUCCAUUUAAAAGGAUAUUGUUUUGUAUUGUUGGACAAUGUGAUAACACAGAUAGUCAUUCUGAAGUUAUAAAAAAAACAGAAGAUUAUCUUUGGCUUAAGUUGAAUCAAGUACAGUUUGAAGAUCCAUUACAAAAUCAAGAAACAGUUACACUACAAUACCUUCAGAAGCUUUUGCUUGAAGAAUAUGGUGAAACCCAUUUUAAAGCUUAUGACCAACCUUAUCUGUAUUGUCAAGUGUUAUUUCUUACUGGUCAAUUUGAGGCAGGUAUAGAAUUUCUUUCAAGGAUUGAUCAUUGUCGAUGUCAUGCUGUUCACCUGGCUAUUGUCUUGCAAAGCUAUAAUCUUCUUUUAAUGCCUGAUUUAAUCCAUACACAACUUUUAUCUGUUGAUCCGCUUGAUCCACCUCCUUUAAAACGUCUGAACUUUGCUAGAUUGAUAACAAUAUACACUCGUAAAUUUGAAACUACUGAUCCUCGUGAAGCAUUGGAGUAUUUUUUUCUCUUGAGGGGCUUGACUGGACCUAAUGGACAAAAUUUGUUUGCAUCAUGCAUUAGUGAACUCGCUCUAGAAACAAGAGAAUUUGAAACAAUUCUGGGUUGUAUUAAAGCAGAUGGUACCAAAAAGCCCGGAUGUAUAUCAAAGUUUAAAGUUGAUGUUAGUAAUAUUGUAUGCACUGUUGCUAAAGAUGCAGAAAGUAAAGGACAGUUUGAAGAUGCGACUAUGCUUUAUGAUUUAGCAGAUAAUCAUGAGAAAGUUCUUGAGCUGUUGACUACUCUGCUCUCUCAGCUUGUUCCACUUGCUAAUAGUCCACAAUCAUCUCGAGAACGAAUUCAAAUAUUAGCACGAUCUGUGGCUGAGCGCUAUAAAACACAUGGUCACAAUGGAAGCCGCACUAGAAGUUCAACAUUUUAUCUUCUUAUAGACUUAAUGUAUUUUUUUGAUUUAUAUCACGAACAACAGUUUGAUACAGCAUUAGAUACAAUACAAAAGAUAAAACUGAUACCUCUAAAACCCGAUGAAGUUGAACAGAAAGUCACUUCUUUUAAGCAAUAUAGUGAUGAAGUGCGUCAAUGUUUACCAGAUGUACUAUUGGCUACUAUGAGCAUUUUAUAUGGUAAAUAUAAAAAAUGCAAACUUGGACAGGCUAAUAUUAUCAGCAUUUCUAAAGAAAAAGAAGACACUUACCUAAAAAGUAUACGCAAUGAAGCACGCUCAUUAGUAACAUUUGCUGGUUUAUUACCAUAUCGCAUGCCUGGUGAUUCUAAUGCACGUCUUGUUCAAAUGGAAAUAAUGAUGAAUUAAAGCUAUAAUUUUCAGCCAAGAGUUGUUAAAAGAAAUAUAAAAAAGAAAAUAUCUAUACUUUUUGAUUA